AUGGGUGAAGUUCGAGAUAUUUUCAAUGAUUCAGUUACGUCUCCGGCGGCUGACGAUCUCUUCCACUCCGAGUCUCGUGUUCCUGUCAUCUUCAAGUACAGCAGAAGGAAAAGACGAUUGGCUGAAGUGUCGAAUUCAUCUCCCACAUUCGAGCGGCUGGAUCUCUUGGCGUCCGAGCGAGCCUCCUUCCGCUCGUCGCGACAGCCGUUCCAAGGAGUCGCGUCUCUUGGAUCGGACGAUGACAGGUACAUCAGUCUUACGGGUGUGUCUCGUGCCAUGUUCCGCUGGCUCGAGUGCCUCCUGCAGUCACACUUCAUCGGGGACAAUCCUCUCUCGGGUCCGGACCAGCUGCUCCUCACGCUCAUGAAACUCCGGCUGGGAUUGCCUCACGUGGUCGCCGGCUGCCUCUUUGGCGUGUCCAAGGACUACGUGGCUGGCUCGUUCCCCAAGGUCGUCGCUCUUCUCGACCAGGUGGCGACGCCUCUCCUCCGCUGGCAGAGGAAGAGGACCGUGCUGAGAAGCAUGCCGGAGGCCUUCAAGGAGCAUUUGCCUGCGUGUCGACUCCUGCUUGACUGCUUCGAGGUGACGAUCGACCUACCUGACGAGAGGAAGGACGAGGCCAGACACUUCCGCUCCUCGAGGCUUGGGUCCUUCGCUUCCAAAUACCUGGUUGGAGUGGUGCCUCACGGCCAGAUCGUCCUGCUCUUCGGAGGCUGUGGCGCCAGUGUGGAUAACUACGAGUUAGUGAAGGAAUCCGGACUCCACCACCUGUUGCAGGAAGGGGACGUCGUCCUGACGGAUAUUCUCUCCUCCAGCCACAAGGAGAGCGAAUGUCCUCCCGUCAUUAAUGGCAUUAAAGGCGCCCUGACAGCUUUCCCGUCGAGGAAGCCUCAUCUGAAGAGGAGGGAGGCGUCGAGGACUUGCGAGCGCCCUUGGAGAAGGUCAGGGGUCGCCUCCGCUCCUUCAGAAUCCUGGAUCACUUCAGCUUGGACGUCCUUCCGCUAUCGAGUCAGAUUAUGA